UGCAAUUAGCCUCUUAUUUGCUGUUAACAAAACAACGUAAAAGUAGAAAUCGAAGAUGGUGGAUGCUACCAGAUAAGCGAGAAAGACCUCAUUUAGGAGCAUACACUACUUUAUUUUAAAGUAUAAACACACAAAUCAUGAAGAAUUUUAAAAUGAUGAGACUUACAGUAGAACAAUUUGAAGAACUGCUCAAUUUGACUAGGUCUGCCUUGAUAAAGACUAGUAUGCGAGAAUCUCUGGAUCCUGAAUUCCGUCUAGCAUUUACAGUGUGCUUUCUAGCAUCAGGGGACAGUUUUCCUUCAAUGGCCAGAUAUUGGCGCAUAGGCAGAUCAACAUCUUAUAAAAUAAUUACAGAAACAUGCAAUGUUAUUUGGCAACGUCUUCAAGGAACAUAUUUGAAGCCUCCUUCUCAAAAGGAGUGGAAAAAUAUUGAGAAAGGUUUUUAUGAUCGAUGGAAUUUUCCCAAUUGUGUUGGAGCUCUAGAUGGAAAGCACAUCCGUGUGCAAUGUCCACCCAAUUCUGGUUCAGCAUACUAUAACUACAAAGGAUAUUAUAGCAUAGUAUUGCUAGCUACAUGUGAUGCCAAUUAUGCAUUUACUUUUGUAGACAUUGGAGAUUAUGGAUCAUUAUCAGACACAAGUAUCCUCAGUGCAUCGGCAUUUGGACGUGCUCUAGAACGUGAUGAAUUAGAUCUGCCACCACCAAAGGUAUUACCGAAC